GGGAUCGUUUUCGCUCCGAGUCCUUGAAAUCUCCAAAGCUCUGCUUCUUGAAAAUAUCCAUCAAUUAUCUUCCAUUCUUCGAGUCGCCGUUCUGGGUUCUUGUGUUUCGGUCGGAAAAAUGUCAACUGAAAGGGAAACUGAAGAAGGAGAAAGCAGUAGCAGGGGAGAGAUUGGUCGUGGCCAUGGCUAUGCUCUGCAUCUUGUUAGUGGGAUCUGGUUCGAGCUCCCUCUCAAGUAUGCAUCUCCCGUUCGGCCCAUCGGAAAUGGCACCUACGGCUAUGUAUGUUCUGCAGUUAACUCAGAGACCAAAGAGGAGGUUGCAAUCAAGAAGAUAAGUAAGCCUUUCAUCAAUAGAGUAGCAGCGAAGAUGGCUUUAAGAGAGAUUAAGCUUCUUCUUCAUAUGGACCACAAAGACGUGAUUUCCAUAAAAGACGUUAUCCGGCCAUAUCAGAAAGAGAAAUUCGACGCUGUCUACAUAGUCUACGAGUUUAUGCCUGAGGAUCUUCAUCAUGUUCUAAAGUCCGACACCCCUUUGAAGGAUGACCAUUACCGGUGCUUCCUGUAUCAGAUUUUACGGGGGCUGAAGUACAUUCAUUCGGGAAACGUCCUGCAUCUUGACCUUAAGCCGAAAAAUCUGCUCGUUAACGAAAAAUGCGAUCUGAAGAUCGCGGACUUUGGAUUUGCGAGGACAAUAUCUGGAACAGAGUUCAUGGAGGAUUCAGAGGUUGUUGUAACACCAGCAUACAGAGCACCGGAACUGAUCCUCGGUUUAUCCGAAUUCACGGCUGCAAUCGAUGUCUGGUCUGUCGGUUGUAUAUUUGCUGAAAUGGUGAAAAGGGCUCCUCUGUUUCAUCCCAAAAAAUCCUCCGAUCUGCUUCGAAUUAUCUUGGAGUUGAUAGGGUCCCCAGACGAAGCGAGCAUGGAUUUCCUCAGGAGCGAGGACGCGAUAAAACGUGUUCAAGAUCUAUCCCCGCUGCCAAGGCAGAACUUUACGGACCAAUUUCCCGAUAUGAGCCCUAACGGAGUCGAUCUGCUGGAGAAAAUGCUCGUGUUUGAUCCGAGAAAACGCAUCACAGUUCAAGAAGCACUUUGUCACCCGUACUUGUCCCACCUUCACGACGAUCUGUACGAACCUGUGUGCUCGGAGCCCAUCAGUUUCGAUUUCGAAAACCAGUCUUUGUCGGAAGAGGAAAUCAAGGAGCUUGUCUGGAGAGAGACGUUGAAGUUCUAUCCUGAGCCCAUUUCUUGAGAAAACAAUCAUCAACCGAAGGUGAUAUACAUGUACAUUAU